AUGAAAAAACAAGGCAUAGGCGAAGCUAGACCAUAUGAUGCUUUAACUAGUGAUGAAGUUAAAUUAAUAUUAAAUCACAAUGUUUGCUCUCCAAAUAAUCCAGCUGGUUUACUUUAUCGUAUUUUUAUGUGGAUAUGUUUACUUGGUUGUGCCAGAGGUGGUGAACAUCAUUCUUUGGUUAUUUUACAAUUUGAGGAUACAGAAGAUGAUCCAUCUGGUGUUAAUGGUCCAAAUUACGAUAUAAGAUUGUAUCUUUCUAAAUGUCCUUCUCAUUAUAAAU